UUGACAGGUAAGAGCAGUGUCAGGUUACUAACGAGGAGACCGCAAUGACUCCGUUGGUACAAGGGGCUUGAAACUUGUCUAUACUGAACAUGUGACCCAUUGUCCUGGAAUAGCUGAGACAUCGGAAAAAAGGAACCAUGCCACUGGGAAAGAAAGUGCGGCCAAGUUCUGCCGCAGGGAAGUUAGAAACUUACACCAUAAGCAGCAUUUUCCAUAACAUCAGACCUGACACUGUCAAGCAUACAAUAUCUAGGACCAGAUCUUCACAAGCACAUGCAAAAACAUCUAUUCCAGGAACCAGAAAUGGGUCCACUCCCACCGGGUGGCUUUCACAGGUGGAACAAAAUGUGCAUCCAGAGUGGUUGGAGUGGGAACUAGUAAAACAGUGUAACAGGAGGCACUCAGUUGGAGUCGUCCAGAAUGUGGCAACAAAUGAAAAUAUUCAAAGACUUGGGGAUACCCUAAAAAGCCUGAGAAAGGGCAAGAUUGAACAACAAGUUUCCCUGGAACAUCUGAAGAGCAUCCAGGCUGCCUUUGAGGAGUUUGAAAAUGCUGGAAGGAAAUACUUGGAUGUGGAAGCAUUCAAGAAAAUAAUGAAGAAGUGUCUUGGAUUUCAUGGAGUCCAUCAUGACCAAAUUGGAGAACUCUUCAGAAAGAUUGAUUAUUCUGCAAAUGGUCAGGUUGAUUGGGAUGAAUUCUGUACCUACAUGCAACUGAAGUACAAGGAGAUUGAAGAGUCCUAUACACGAUCAAAACAUAUCUCAUUCUCCCUUCCUGCAACUAUCCGGGAGUUCUCUCAUGCGGAGCAGAUCCUGCGCAUUUACUUCACACCUGAUGAUACCUUCAUCAUGAUGCGAGAGGAUGGAACUAUUUCCUUCUGGUCAGCUGAGCUAAAACUGAAACGAAGCAAGAGACUCUUCGAGAGGCCUCCUGGCCGAAAGCCAAAAUGGAUAACUGACUUCACCAUCAUGUCUCAAUAUAACAAGUUCAUCCUAAGUACUGGAGAUCGGGAAAUUCAGAUUUAUGAGCUCUCUACCUUGGAGCCAUAUUGUCAGAUCACUGGUUUGGAAACCGGACCACUACAGCUUGACUACUGUUCGACAGGUGAAGAUGACUGCAUGAUUCUGUAUGGAGAUGACCAGGGCUGUGUAAAUAUUUUACUUCUGUCAUCUGUAGGAGAGACUUUGAGAACAUGGAAAAAGGGGCCCAAAGUGGAUAAUUUGCCCACUAUCAGCAUCGAAAACUCCAUCCUGUCACCAAAUGUCACUUGCAUUCGAUGGAAAGUACAUGAAGAUUGGGUAACACAGAUGAAGUACUAUGAUUCAAUCGGAGCAAUCAUAUCUUCCUCAAAUCAUGAAGCUUCAGCUUUGGUAAUAGGUUGCACUACUGGAACCACCAACUUGGAAAAACAAAUGAAGGAACUGAAGGAAUGCUGGAAAGAGGGAAAGAGUUUAAAGUAUCAAAGCACUCCUGGCAUUCCUCAGAAGAGGCUUGAGUGUGAUCAAUCUGUAUUCCAUGUUCACAAAGGUGUAAAAACUUUUGACUUCUGUAAGAAGAACAACCUGAUUGUAACGGGUGGAAUGGACAGGAUUGUGCGCAUGUGGAACCCCUAUGUUCCUGGGAAACCCACUGGCUUGCUGAGAGGCCACUGUGCUCCAAUAUUCUUUCUAUACAUCUCCACUGAUGACAGUAAACUAUUUUCAGUCUCUGCUGACAUCACUGUGAAGAUCUGGGAUAUUGAGGAUCAGUGCUGCUUGUACACAGCCAAUUCAAAAGCCAGUCAAAUUAAAGGGGAUAUAUCUGCAUGUCACUACAGAUCAGGGACUAAAGCACUUUGCAUUACUGCAGAUGGCAUUGCUCUUCUGCACCUAAGGAUACAACCCCAGCCCAAGCCACACCAUGUCUGCUCUCAUAACGAACCAGUUCUCUGCUGCAAAUACAGUGACGAGUUUCGACAGGUCAUCACUUGUUCGGAAGGAUCUGUGAUUAAAGUCUGGGACCUUGACACAGGAAACCUUACAUUUGAAUUUAGUGGAGCUCAUGGUGAUUCUGCCAUUUGCUGCAUGGCAUUUGAUGACAGUGGAAGGAGACUAAUUACAGGAGGAAGAGAUGGAUGUUUGAAGAUCUGGAAUCAUAAUAAUGGCCACUGUUUAAGAAUACUUAAGAAAGAGAGCAGAUGCGAUGAAAUCUGUGACUGCAUUUACGUGGAGAUGCACAAAAAUAAAUAUGUGCUUGGUGUUGGAUGGGAUAGAAGAAUUAACAUAUACUGUGAUUCAUUUGGUGACAAUUAUCAUACUCAGUCUCCUGAGCCACAUUGGCAGGAUGAUCUGAAACGAGGACACAAGGAUGACAUUCUAUGCAUAGCUCAGUGUCCUCCUACUCUUCUUGCCACCUCUAGCUAUGAUGGAGAAAUAAUAGUGUGGAACAUGAUCUCAGGACAUAUCUAUUGCCGUCUACAGAAACCCCCAACUGCAGCAUGUGGAGAUGGAGAAGCAAAAGUAGAUCAGAGUGUAAAUAAAGUCAUAUUCUUGAAGACUCGUGUGCUGAAGGCUGAAUUAGGAGCUUCGCUUGUUGCUACUGGACCCCAAGGUUCACUUGCAUUCUGGAAUCUGUUUCAUGGUGGACAGCUCUUUGGUAUUUUUACUGCUUCCAAAGUGAAAUCUCAGUUAAGCAGCCUGGCUGUGUCGAUUGACGACUCGUUGCUUUAUGUGGCGGAUUAUGUUGGAUACAUUUAUGUUUAUGGUAUAAAAGACUUCGCUGUUCAUGGACCAGAAGUAAAUCCACCAAGAAUUGUUAACUACUGGAGGGCCCACGUAAGUGAUGUUACUUGCAUGGAGCUGAUAGAAGAACAAAAGGUGAUGGUAACCUCUUCUGUUGAGGGCACUGUACGAUUGUGGAGCAUGGAUGGAGAGUUUAUUGGUACGUUUGGGCAGCCACAGCCCUGGGAAAUUUAUGCACCAGCAUCUUGGAAGCAUCCCAUGGUCCCCUAUGAAAUUCUGAUUGAUCCACUCAGCAUGCCCAUUCACCCAGUAUUGGAGGAAGAGACCUCUGUCAUACAACUCAGUAAUUUAGAACAAAGUGAAGAAAGCAUAGAAAAUGCAGAGUCCAAGCCAGAUCUUCUCUACAAAUCACCAAAGAUGAUCAUUUCAGAUGAUGAUAUCAGUGAAGAAAUAAAAAAGAAGACCUUCCAGAACAACCUUGGUAAAAGACUUCGACAUGAAAGAUACCAGAGUUUGAAUAAGCCACUAAACCAUGGAGGCCCUGUUGCUUAUCAUACCCUGAAGUGCUUUGAAAUUUCUAAUGCCCCAAUUCCAUGUGAGAAACCUGACCUAUCGGCAGCAAACACAGAUCCAUUUAUCACCCUUUGCUUUAAAGGAAGUACAGUUGACAGCUAAGUCUCUACUAAGGAAUUGCUUACCCAUGUGUAGUUUUCUCUGACCCUUGAUUAUGUUAUCUAAAGCUACCAUUGCUGCGCACAAUUAUGCAGAUAGCACUGGGUGUUGUUCCAUGCAUGAGUAUCUCUGGCCCAGAUGGCUGAUUCUUGGUCAUCUUUUCAAUUUUCCUUCAACCAUAUCUCUAUAAGCCUCUGCUGUCUCAAUUUCUCCUCCCACAUUGCCUUCUGCAAUUUCGUCCCCUCAGUUCCCACACCCUGUUUAACACUAUUGCCUUGCCAAUCCCUGCUACUGUUGUUGGUCUAAGCUCAAUUCUUUCCUGGAUAUACCCACAACUUCCCUCUGCUCCACUUUAGUAUCCUCCACUGCACCCAUCAUGGCAUCCACCAUUUGCCUUAUAACUCAUUAGCCUUUCUCAGUGCAUUUUCAGCUUAAUUUCUAAACACUAAUCUCUAAAAUCCUUUCUACCCUUCCCUCCCACCCCUCCACCAUCUUUUCUGAGUUCUGCUCCCUCAUAUUCCUCCAGUAGGUCUCCAACCUCCAUCCAUUCUGUGUCACCCUCCAGAAUGUUUGCCACAUUGCAUACCCCAGAUCAGUCAGCUGCCUCUCCUUUCCCCGUGACUUGCUGACAGAAUCUUCAUUCAGCAGCAAUGCUGUGCACAUUUUGCUGCUGCCCAUGAAGAUUUUCCUGACCUGGUGCUACUGCACAGAUCAGGAUCUCCUGAUCCCAGCUGAAGGAGAAAUGGACAGCGCAACAUCUCCCCUCUACAUUCAGCGGAUCAUAGUAGAGUUGGGGCGGGGAGAGUACACACCCCCUUUUUAUAGCACUAGCUACUGCAUUCUGCAAAGUAUUUAAAGGUCCAGUCUUAACGAAUGUGU